GUCUGAAGCUUUGGGAGUCAGAGCACGGCCCACACCGCGCACUGAACAAGUUCAUUCGGCUGUCAUCCCUCUUGCUUUGGAUUUUCUUUGGAUUUGAGUGCUGAUCACCUUCUCACCUUUUUUUACGUGGAUUAUGAACCUUUUCAUAUGGAUGAUAAACAUACUGAGUACUGAUCACCAGUCGAAACGGGCCAGUCACGACACAACACUUUAUUUAAACACAGCAGGAAGUGGCUGCAGCUUCUCUCCAAACUUUCACUGACCUUCAGAAGCAGACCUGAUCACACAGCUUCAUCAUGGCCGACAGCAGGUCCACUGCUGACGUGCUGCUGGAGCUGAUGUACUCCUGGAUCAAGCAGAGGGAGCUCUGUGCAGAGCAGCUGAGGAAACUGGCCCAGGAGCUGGAGGCGCUCAGGGAGAAAUGCAACACGAGUGAAAUUGUUGGCAGCUCAUUGUCAGUGGUGGGAGCUGCAGCUCUGAUUGGGGCCGGUGUGGCCACUGUGUUGACCGCCGGAUUAGCUGCUCCAUUGAUAGGUGUGGCAGCAGUGUCUACAGGCGCAGGUGUCACCAUAACUGUGGGUACUAAAAUCACUGAGCACUUCUUGUCCAGCAGCACCCUGAAAAAGGCGCAGAAGAUAGAAGAGAAGAGUGAUGGAAUCACAGCUACAAUCCGGCGACUGUUCCAGCAGCUGAAGAAGGAGAUAAUGGAGACGACUUCCCUCACAGAUGAAGAUGAAGUUGACCGACAUGUCAUGAAGAGAACUCUGGGAGCCAUGGCCAGACGAAGUUCACAACACAUGUUAAUUGAUUUCAGCAACAAUGAUGACCUCAAUGUCAUUAUUAAGAGAAUGUCACAGGUCCACUUUGGUGCAGGAGCCUCUCAGCAGUCAAACGACUUGUGCAAAUUCGCUGCAGCUGCACUUAUUGGUCUUUUGGCAUUUUUCAUAUUCAAACCUGAUUGGAGAACCAAGAACCCUCUUGCUAAAAAAGGAACUAAAGAGCUCAUCAAACUCGUGUCUUCAGCUGGAUUUAAAACAGGCCUUAAAGGAGGCACCAUGGUUGUGGGCGGAGCUGUUGGAAUGGCGUUUGCACUUCCUGAGGCCAUUGACAGCUGGAAAGAGAUGAUCGAAAAGAAUCAUGUGACUGAAGCGAGCCAAUCACUGAGAGAUACAGCUGACGCCAUUGUGAACAUGACCCAGACUCUGAGGGAACAGCUGGACACCAUCAGACAAUAUUUGUCAUGAUUGCAGAGAAGCAGCACUACACUGGAAACAACAACAGGAGCAAAAGGACAAAAAGACGGUGAUACAAUUUGAAACCUCCAUAAUGCCGUCAAGCUGCAGAAACAUGGACGCUUCACACACAGAAGAUCUAUACAAUCAGCACAGUUUCAAGAUUAGAGUCACCAAUUCAGUAUCUGACCAAAUGUCUCCCCUUCUGUUCCUGAGAUAUGACGUUAAAACAUGAUGAUGUCACAGUCAAGCUGACCUUUGACCUUUUGACCUUCAUUAUUUUAUCCUGUUAGACAUUUGUGUUUGGUCAGCAGUGUUUGGUCACAAUUAGUAUAUGAAUUCUUCAGUUAUGUGAGGUCACACUGACCUUUGACCACCAAAUUCCAAUAAUUUCAUCCUUGACUCAAAUUGGAUGUUUGUGCCAAAUGUGAAGAAAUUUCCAUUUUUGAAAUAUCGCAUCCACGAGAAUGAGACAGACACAUGGACGUACAGAUGAAGGAAUGGACAACCCCUAAAAAUAAUGCCUCUGGCCACAGCUAUCGCUAUCACAGAGGCAAAAUAAAAAUGUGAGAGAAUGAAGAUGUUAUUGUUCAGUCUAAAGCCUUCUUCAAACUUGUGGACAUGUUAAAUUUACUGAAACAAGAGCUUGAUACAGAAAUGGAGGAAAUAUAAAAGAAAAUCUAAAGCAAGGUUAACUGAAAUACAUAAUCAAUUAUCAGAUCUAGAAGAGCUGCAUAGAGAAACUAAUCAACCUGAAUUACUAAAGAAGAUCUCAGCAUUAAGAUAUGAGUACAACUCCAUAUUGUCCACAAAUAUUUCACGGUUGCUGGUCCAAGUAAGACAAAAGUUUUUGAGCUUGGUGAUAAACCUUAUAGGUUACUUGCCCGACAGUUAAGACAAUCUCAGGCAUCCAGGUCCACACACUCUAUCAAGACGAAUGAUGGGACUCUUCUGACAGACCCUGGAAAAAUUAAUAAAUGUUUUGCUAAUUUUUAUCAACAAAUCUAUCAGUCACACGGCGGAUCCGAUCCUGGGAUGAUCAAACAUUUUCUCGAGAAGCUGAACUAAACUUUAAAGAGAAUCUUCGUCCUCACUAGAUGCAGAUAUCAAUUUGAGUGAGAUUGAGGAAGUGAUUUCCUCCCCAACAAUAAGGCAGCGGGACCAGAUGGCUUUUGUAUUGAACUAUCCCCUUUCAUACUACAUAUGUUGAAUCACUCAAUGCUGAUCUCUAGGCUACCUCCCACUCUAUAUAAGGCCAAUAUUUUACUUAUCCCCAAACCUGGUCAUGAUCCUAACCUGGUCUCUUCAUAACGCCCUAUCUCCCUGCUACCUAUUGAAACCAAAAUCCUUGGGAAAGUCUUAGCCAACAGAUUAAAGGAGCACAUUCGUUCUGUUAUCCAUCCUGACCAAACAGGUUUUAUGCCAGGUAGACAUGUGUACUUUAACUUGCGUCGGCUGUUCCACAUUUCGUAUACAGUAUAGAGGAGACAUAGUAAUCUCUUUAGAUACACAGCAUGCGUUUGAUCAAGUGGAGUGGCCGUAUACGUUGUUCACACUUAAAAAAUUUGGAUUUGGCUCGUCCUUUAUGAAGUGGAUUGAGAUCAUGUACUCACACCCUACUGCCUCUGUUGUAACCAACCAAAAUAUCUCAUACCCUUUUGCAAUUAGUCGUGGGACCUGUCAGGGGUGUGUCCCCUCCCCUUUCCUGUUUGCAAUGAGUAUUGAACCGCUAGCAGUCAGUAUUAGACAAAGCCUUCUAAUAUCUCCUGUUGAUAUUUAUGGACAAGAGCAUCAUAUUUCACUCUAUGCGGAUGAUAUUGUCUUGUAUAUUCUCUCAUUUCUCAUCCUCAAGCACUUUUGACUCUAACUGGCAACUUUGGCAGACUCUCUGGAUUCUCUGUUAAUUGGGACAAAAGUGAGUUGAUGCCAAUUUUUAAGGAAGCUGAUAUGACAUAAAAACAGUCUGCUCCAUUUAAAAAUGGCUUUUAAAGAAUUUUCAUAUCUUCAUGUAGGCUAACUGUUACGAAAAAUCCUUAGGACCUUUUACAGAAGAAUUGGCAUAACAAGAUUGAGCAACUCAAAUAAAGUAUAAAUUUCUGGAGGACUUCCUAUUUCUCUUGUAGGAAAGACCAAUGCAAUUAAGAUGAUCGCGCUGCCAACGUUUCUGCCAACUGUUCCAGUCUCUUCCAUGUUACAUUGCCCAGUAUUACUUUAAACAAUUAGAUUCAAUUAUUAUACCUUUUAUCUUGAACUACAAGGCCAUCAGGAUCUCCAAAAAACAUCUGUGUAAAACUAAAAAUGCUGGAGGCUUUGCUCUACCAAACUUUAAAAUGUAUUAUUGGGCGGCAUCUGUCUAUAAUUGCUUGGCGGAGAAGAGUCCCCUCCUCCGCUUCAUAUUCCUGCCCAGCCUGGCUACGCAUAGAACGGUUGCUUUGUAGUAAGAUGUCUCUGCUAUCAUUGCUCAACACCCCACCAAAGCCAGAAAGGCACAUUACAGUAACAGCUUUGUAAUCAAUGGUACUAUGCGCACAUUGGAACAGAUAAAACUUCAUAUCAAGGCCCCAAGUACAUACUGAUGCUCCAAUCUGUGACAGCCAUGCUUUCAUGCCUGGCCUGAAUGAUAUUGUUUUCUCUGCUUGGAAACAGAAAGGCAUUAAUAACAUAAAUGAUUUGUAUAUUGGGGGAAAUUUUGCCUCAUUUACACAGCUACAGCUAGCGAAUAUCCGCCUCAAGCUUUUUCAGAUAUUUACAGAUUAGAGAUUUCGUUAAAAAAAAAUGUACCAAACUCUGAAGUUCUGAACAAACAUAAUAUUCUUGAGGCAAUGAAUGUAUCUCACCUGGGCACUCGUGGGGCAGUCUCCUUUUUCUAUCGCAUCCUUCAUGAUACAGCUCUGCUGAAUACGGAGGUGCAUGAACAGGCAUGGGCAGAGUAUUUUGUCAUUUUGGCUUGUCGCUUUCUAUACAUUAAUGCCUUGUUACUUUUUCGUGUUGUACAUUGACAGUCUGGUCACAUGAUUCUGUUGGUUGUUGUGACUUAUAUUGUCAGGCCAAACUGGAAUAAACUAAAGAACUGAACAGUAACUAAAAGACAUGCAAGGAUGAGGAAUCCACUUCCACAAUAAACAGGAAGGAGGAACCUUUUGCACCAUCGCCCAGUUACUGCUUGGACCACAAAAGGCGGUGCACAUCAUCACAGGUGAAGAGCAAACAAAGGUACACAGGGUCCAUCCCAAGGAGCGAGGAUUGCUGAUAAGAGACAUGAGAUGGCCUUACUCUGAAGCAUCACGUAAAGCGACAUCCGUUUCUGAUGACGGCGACACAGCUGGAUCUGCUGCAUAACGGAGCGAGCGUUUGGCGUACAUCCUAAGUCACAUUUAUAUUCACUGGUCAAGCCAUGUGUCAUUUGCCGAAGUUUGUGGCAAUUAAAGAACGGUCUGUAGCCCUACCACUGUCACUGUGAUGAGCAUCAUUAUCAUUAUUAUUAUCAUCAUUAUCAUUAUCAUCACUAUUAUUAAAUCCACUCGCCAUCAUUCAACAAGUCAGCUGCUGAGUGAGUAAGACAUAUCAGACCUGUCAGUCUGCCUCAAUCAAUCAAUUUUAUUUAUAAAGCCCAAUAUCACAAAUCACAGUUUGCCUCACAGGGCUUUACAGCAUACGACAUCCCUCUGUCCUUUGGACAGUCUCUUAUUGCUGCCAGUAGGAGUUAGUGUUAGGCGUUAGGAGGGAUCUGUUAGGUGCAAUGAGUAAGGUAACACGAGAGGUUCCUAACAGGAAGUCUUUUUCAGCUUGAGGCCAUGACGUAUAAAUACCCGCCCCCUACAUCUGGCUCAUUUGAACGAGAUGGCAGAGAAACAACGCAAGUGUACCCGUUACAUGCAUCCUUUGCAAUGACACGCUGUAAUUCACAUGCCUACGUGACUACAAAGAGUAAACUUAAUGAUAUUUCGUGCAAGACUGUCAUGUUGUAAUUAAGUUUAUUUCAUUCACAACCCAUUGCAUUGUUCAGCGGACUGUCAGUGAUGUGUGGCUGUUAAAUGUGCAGCUGCUCAUGUCCUGCUUUGAUCAGCGAAUGUAACGUGACUGGGAUGUACGCCAAACGCUGGCUCCAUUAUGCAGCAGAUCCAGCUGUGCCACCGUCGUCAGGAAUGGACGUCGCUUCAAUGCUCGCUCAUCACUCCUAGCGCUAACUCCUCGCAUUUUUUCCUAGGUGGGAGGGGCUAAACAGCUAGCAAAGUCAGCUAGGUAAGAUAACUAGCAGUAAUUUAAGAGACCUGGGACGGACCCAUAGACAUCAGCAGGCGCAGAUCUGUUUCCUCAUCCCUCGCCUCCUGCGGUGAGCCAAUGCAGAGUGAGAGCAUCUAAACACCAGAGAGGCAGCCGGUAAGGGGCUGAACUGUUUGAACGAAGAGACUUUUGCACGGAGGUAGUUCAUUGUGGUUAAUUGUUUGUGGUAACUCUAGCUUAGCCACGGGGUCGGACACCCAGUAAUGUGUUGCUUGGUAACUGAUUAAUGUCUGUGUGCGCUGAUUGCUUGUUAAUCUCCUGACUUUUGAGAUGUGUUGAAAAUGUAAUGUGUAAAUUGUAAAUUUAAAUUGUUAUGUGUUGAGCAAAUCUUAAACUAUUUCACUUUGACAUUUAAUGAAUUAUGCAAUGAAUGUUGAUUGUAUUGGGUUUGUCACAGAAGUAAUUAGCAGAUUGGGAGAGCAAUUUAAAUAUACCACAAUUUCGUAUUUACAGAUUCAAUUCAAGCAUUUAUACUCAUACAUACUUUUAAUUGUAAGCAUUUUUGUAAUUUGUGAAAGUGUAAUUUUGUAAUUUCACUUUAUUAAAAUUUGACCGUAAAAUUUAAUGUUAAAACCCUUUAAAAAUUAAGGUUAAAAAGCCUGUAAAAAUCUGUAAUUAAGGUUAAGAAGUAAUUCAUGUUAAAAUACAUUUAAUGGUAAAAUACAGAAAUUGAGACAAUUUAAGUUAAAAACACAUUAAAAAAAUACAUUUAAAACAACAAUAAAUAUUAUAAUAUAAUAUAAAAAGUAGUGAAAUUCAUACUUACCUGAAGCUAUGCUAAAACCAUUUACAGCAGUGGGUAACUUUAUUUGCACUUGAUUUGUAAUUUAAUGUAAAUAUAAUUGGGUUUCACAAUAUUUAAGUGUUUAUUUUUUGGUAUUUUGUAUACUUAUUUUCUGUUGGUGAUUUGCAAUAGCAUUUGCACUGUGUACAGACUUUAAACUUUUCUUCUGUUUUGUGUGUCUUUGAUUGAAAGGUUUUUCACCUACACAUGGCAAAAUGGCAUAAUCUGCUUGCACCUGAAAAAUAAAAGAAGGAAA